AUGGCAUAUGAUCCACGCCGAACAAACUCGGGGACCUCAACUCCCCAACCUCCCCCUCCCCCUCCAGCAUCCGGAAUGGCUCCAGCACUAGAUCCAGCAGACUCGUACAAGCUCAAGUUCUGUACCGUCUGCGCCUCGAACAACAAUCGCUCUAUGGAAGCCCACCUCCAACUCUCCGGCACUGCUUUCCCCGUCAUCUCAUUCGGAACUGGAUCUCUCGUCCGCCUCCCGGGCCCCUCAAUCACUCAACCAAAUGUCUAUCACUUCAAUUCGACCUCAUACAACCAGAUGUAUGAGGAGCUGCACGGCAAAGACGAACGCCUGUAUCGCAGCAACGGCAUCCUCAACAUGCUUGAUCGCAACCGCCAACUGAAAUGGGGCCCUGAGCGAUUCCAGGACUGGGUCCCUGGGAUCCCGCGCGUUGAUCACCUAGCCAAGGGUGAUAAGGGUGCCGCGGGAACAGAGGGUGGUGUCGUCGAUGUCAUCAUCACCUGCGAAGAGCGUUGCUGGGAUGCUGUGGUCGAUGACCUGAUGAACAAGGGAUCGACUCUCAACUAUCCCGUUCACGUCUUCAAUGUCGAUAUCAAGGAUAACCACGAGGAGGCCUUGACAGGUGGAAAGGCGAUUCUUGAUCUUGCGAAUCGUUUGAACGGCGCCGCUGUGGACAAGCAUCGGAUUCAUGGCACUGAAGGCUGGGAGAAUGGCACUGGUGCUGCGCGUCAGAGCUUUGACGAGAACGUUCCUGGCAUUUUGGCCGACUGGCAGGAGAAAUACCCCAACCUGCCGGCUCUGUGGACUGUCGCUUGGCUCUAG